AAUGCUGCAAUGCCAGCAGUCCAUGCCGGCUGCUGCCACCCACUCUGCCCGCCGCCUCCCACCAGCCUGCUCUUGCCCCCUCUCUCCCAGGUGUGUGCGGGGAGGCUGGGCAGGACUGUGCACAGGAGAGACGGACGGAGGGAGAGGGAGGGGGAGCAGGAAGCAGUUACAGCCUGGGAGAGGCUCUUAUUUUGGCAGCGGGCAGCAGCAGCCGGAGCGGCUGGAGGAUCCUGUGUCUUUCUCCCAGACCCCGGAGAACAAGCCCCGGGACCCUGUACAUCGGAGCGGCGUCACACGGCGGGAGACAGUGCAUCCACCCCGCCGCCACCUCGGUUGCUGAGCCGGUGCAUGCACGGAGCGCUGUGAGCGGAGGAGACCGGUUACAUGCCCGCUGUGCCCGGAGGAGGGGGCAGGAUGAGAGGGGGCACCCUGCUCGCCUCGGCUGCGGCUCUCUCUCCCCCUCAGCCCCCGAGCUGCGGCGGCGGCUGCUGCUGCUGAGAGGGGGGGGGAAGCCCAGGAGCCGACACAGGAGGCCGGAGAGAGAAACAUGGGAGGCCGCAGGGGAGACUCCUGAGCGUGAGAGGGUCUUUGCACAUGAACACGGGACCAGCUCUGGAUUUUUGUCAGUGGAAACUGGUCAACCUGGGUCCAGUCACUCUGGAAUCUUUCCCGGGUACCGAGCAAGGUUCUACACGGAAAGGUUCUCUGACGUCCUCAGUUGACAUCAGUGUAAGCCUCGACCUAUCAAAUGCACUCGGAAAGCAAACUGGCCAAUCAUGGGAAGGCAUCCAGCAAUGGCGGACAAUCACAGCCUCCAAAUGUGAGCCAGGGGCCUAAAGGGACAGGGCUGCUUGGCCCCAAAGCUAAUCACAUGUCCCCAAGUGGUGUGGGUCUAAAGAGCACACCGAACCAGGGACCAAACCAUGGCACAGGGCAAAGAGACUCCGCUGGAGAGGUUGGAGAGCAAAGAGAAUCCGGAACCCCUUCACUGGAACCCGAAUCAAAAGGAGAGCUAGCCCCACGCAGUAAGCGGCGUUGUGUCUUGGAACGGAAGCAGCCGUACAGCGGAGAUGAAUGGUGUUCAGGGCCGGACAGUGAGGAGGAUGAGAAGAGCCUUGUGGUCCCCCACAAUUGUAACGCCGGUGACUCUGUGAUGUCCGCUUCCACAAUUCCAGGAUCAGGAUCUGCUUCCCUUCCAGGACUCAAUGACUCCAGCUCUACCAACACACCACAUGGCGCCGGCCAGGGUCUGCAUGCGGAGGGAGGAGGACCGGGAGGUCCAUCCAAGACCCCAUCACAAUUUGUUUAUGUCUUCACAACUUUUUUGGCAAACACGGCUGCCGAAGCUGUUCUACAGGGGCGUGCGGACUCCAUCCUGCUCUAUCACCAGCAGAAAGUACCCCGAGCCAAGCUUGAUGAGGAUGCUCUCCAGAAACCCCCCAGUACCCCAGAUCCUGUAGGAGAAGUUACUGUGCCCAAUCUACCCCUUUCUACUUCACCAACACCAGCCAACCAUCCGACAACCACACCUAACCAGGUCCCCGCUACUGCUCUACAAACUGAUGCAGUUGUUGAGGAGACAAACCAAGAGUUGACCCCCAACACACUGGGAAAUGGCAGUAGCCGCCCUGUCAGUGUCCCCGCUAAUCCUCCACCUGCAGCUUCUGCACCAAUACCAGGAGAUGAUUCUGCCCUUGUUGAAAGUGCACAGGAGACUGGUGUGACACUGAACCAAGACGGUCUUUCCAGGGAGCAGCUUGAGCAUCGGGAACGGUCCCUCCAGACCUUGAGGGACAUAGAAAGGUUGUUGCUUCGUAGUGGUGCUAAUAAUGAGUCUUUUUCAAAGCACACACCAAGUCCAGUAGAGGGAUCUGUACCUCCUCACCCACAGCCUCAUGUCCCUUCAAACCUUCCCACUCCAAUGAAAAAAUAUGAGGAGCCUUUACAGUCAAUGAUCACUCAGACCCAAAGUUUGGGGGGUCCAGCAAUGGAGCAAGACAUGGGAGGCCCCCAGUGUGGACCUGACAUGGGCCAUCAAAUGAGUCUUAUGAUGCAAAGGUUGGGACAAGACAGUCUUACACCAGAGCAGGCUGCAUGGAGAAAGCUUCAAGAGGAAUAUUACGCAGAAAAGCGGAGGAAGGAAGAGCACAUGUCCAUACAUGGGAGAUCAGCACCCGAUAUGGUGCUCAGGGGUCCUCCUCCACCUUACCAUAGUAAGCCAGGUGAACAGUGGAUUAGUAAUCGGUUACCUGGGCCAUUAGAGGGGCAGGAGCCAAUGCAGCUAAGAGGUGGAGGGAUAACUUUCCAAGGUCCACGAUUUCCAGGCAGAUAUGGAGGCAUGCAGAACUUACCAAUGGACACAAUGGGGGUUAUGCAGAGACAAGGCAGAUGGCCUGAAGAUCUGUCACCAAUGGGAGGAGGGCAAGGUGGCUUUCCACAAGGGGGAAUGGGAUAUCCAGGUGGAGGUCAGGGAGAAGCGGAGAGAUUUUUAAAUCCUCAUUCCCGAGAGGAGUUCUUGCGACAACAGUUGUUGGAGAAGCGCCCAGCAGGUAUGCAGAGACAGUUGUCCGUUCCCGGCGGACAAGGCAUUGAUAUGGAGCGAGUGAUGAUGCAGCAGCGUCCAGGUGAACCUUCUAUGUUCCAAGCAGAUAGCAUGGGCAGCGGCCGAGCCAUGGGCAUGGAUUUCGGAGGGUCCCGCGGUAUGCUAAGUCCCACUCUUGGGCAGCAACUAAGAGAACUUGACCCAACCAUGGGAGGAGGUAACCUUAACAUGAACAUGAGUGUCAAUAUGAAUAUGAACCUAAACCUCCAAAUGGCACCCCACCAACAGAUGUUACUGUCCCAGAAAAUGAGGAGUGGAGGAGACCUGAUGGGCUCUCAAGGAGGAGUGGGAACAGAGGAGCUGGUGCGGGCAGCACAAGCACAAAAUGGUAGUGGAAUGACCGGAGGUGGCCAGAAGAUGGUAAUUCAAGGUCAGUUCCCCCAGGGGCAGUCAGGGUUUCCCCCAGGGCAGGGUCCAUAUACCAGCAUGCAGCAGGAAAUGAGCAUUGACAUGUUUGGACCAGAGCACAGUUCUGUGGGGAGCACCACACGACUCAGCCACAUGCCAAUGCCCUCAACACCUGGCUCCAAUCCAGCAGGUAUUGGACCAGUGCACAUGGCUGCCAACAGAAGUAUGGUCCGCAGACCAGCAGAACUUACAAUCAGCAUAAAUCAGAUGGGAUCACCUAUCAUGAGCCACCUUAAGUCUCCCACGCUUGGACAAGUGCAUUCACCCCUUGUCUCGUCCCCUUCUGCCAACCUAAAGUCUCCGCAAACUCCAGGAGGCCAGAUGGCUGUGCUCCCUCACUCCAAUCCCCAGAGUUCUCUCAAGUCUCCUCAAUUACUGGGCUCAUCCUUAAGUGGACGCUCACCCAGCAGCUCCCCUGGCAGACUAAAGUCACCUCAGAUGAAUGUGCCCUCUCCAGCAUGGGUACCAUCUCCCAAAAAUGCCAUUCCUAGCCCAGGUAUUCCUCCAGGAAAGCAGGGAAUAGGCAUGAAUUCUGCAGCGUCACUUGGAGUCGUUGAACAGGAUGGAACGCCGACCCAGAAUCCUUUGUCCUUGAUGAUGUCGCAGAUGUCAAAGUACGCCAUGCCCAGUUCCACUCCAUUGUAUCAUAAUGCAAUCAAAACAAUUGCCACCUCCGACGACGAGCUACUACCAGACCGGAUUCUUCUUCCACCAGGUAGUCAGCAAGGUCCUGGGAUGAAUACUCCUGUAUCUCUGCACUUGAAUAUGAGUUCUUCACAAAGCCCAAUGGGAAACAUCAGACUUCAAGGACAACCACCUCUCUCCCAUGAACCUACUCCAAUGCUUAAUUCCCCCGGACCUCCCAUGCACCCAUCAAUUGGUUCUAUACAAAACCCCAUGAUGAUUUCCUCUGUUAACCAGGACACUUGUUGUCCAUGUCCUGGAUCGCAAAUGAUGUCCUCCAACCAGCUGGUCUUCCCACCACGUCUGCAGCCUGGACCUCCCCACAACCCGCCUUUGUCACAUGGGGGCGGAGGAAGCUCCAUGCAGCAGCACUAUCCAGAUGAAGUACCUAAUCAACCCCGGUUGCAUCCUAGGUUAUCGGAUCCCUAUGGCCCAGGUCUUCCUUCUUUGCUCACUGACCCAGACCUGGGAGAGGUGAUGCGAACAUCAGCCAGCGGUAUCCCAGAAUUUGACUUGUCCCGGAUCAUGCCCUCAGAGAAGCCCAGUAGUACAUUGCAGUAUUUUCCCAAAGGCAGUACGCAACCUCCAAAACCACAUCCCACUAAUAUGCACCUCCUUGGCCUGCAGAAUAUGAUGGUAGAGCAGCAUUCAGGUCGUUCAGGCCCAAGUCUUCCAGGCCAACAGAGAACCCUGGGAGUGCCGCAUAUGCACCCUAUGGUUAGGACAGGAAUGGCACCUCCACCUCAGAUGACGCAGCAGAACUUCAUGCUUAUGAAGCAGCGGAGUGUGUCAGGGGAGAUGUACCCACAGAGUGCCAAUAUGCUGUCACCACAGGGUGCUCUCGGAGGGCAUCUGCAUGGACAACAAAGCAUGAUGGUUGGACACCAAAUGAGACAGCGUAGUGUAUCCUUGGAUACAUACAUCCCAGGACCAGGACACCUUCCAUUUUAAUGUCGGAGACUCACUAGCACCAACCUCAUUCUCCCUGCUAGAAUUCACUUGCAAAUGUCAACCUUUAAUAACUUCUCCUAUGAUCUGUACGUUUCCCCUCAGUCCUCUCUUCCCUGUCCCCCUUCCUUCAGUAAGUCUCUUAUCGCUUUACAAACUCUCCUAGUUCAAGCGGUUGUCUUCUACUGCCUCCUCCGUUCCCCUGGAAACCACCUUCCUUCUUACCUGUACUAUCUCCGUAUUGUAUAAGUAGUUCUGUUAGCCCAUCCACUAUGUCAUCCUUCACCAUCAUCAUCGCUUAGUUGUAUGGAAGCAUCAGGCAUAGUUUGUAGCAGAUCAGACCUGACAAUUCCAGCAACUGUGAGUAUGAUGAAGGUGGCCAUUCCAUUACUCUCACCUCCUCUGGGUGUGGUGCUUCUCAAGUGUCCUUGGUGCAUUAUGCUGAAGUGCGUUUAAAUGGUCCGGUAAAUGCAUCUAGGAUAAGAGGUGAUUCACGGGUUUGGUGAAGGCUCGGUUAGCACCACUUGGCAUUUCCAGUGCACGUGUGGCUAGAUUGUGGGGGUAAUUCAGACCUGAUCACUGGGCAGCGAUUUUUGCAGCCCUGUGAUCAGAUAGUCGCCACCUACAGGGAGAGAGUAUGUAAGCUGUGCAAGUGAGCGAUCGCCCUUGUAGCAAAGCUGCACAAACUGAUUUUGUGCAGUCUCUGCUCAGCCCAGAACUUACUCAGCCGCUGUGAUCACAUCAGCCUGUCCGGGACCAGAUUUGACAUCAGACACCGCCCUGCAAACACUUGAACACGCCUGCGUUUUUCCAAGCACUCCCUGAAAAUGGUCAGUUGCCACCCACAAACGCCCUCUUCCUGUCAAUCUCCUUGCGAUCGCCCGUGCAAAUGGAUCCUUCGCACAAACCUGUCGCUGACCGGCGAUCCCCUUUGCAGCCGUGCGACGCGCCAGCGCAUUGCGGUACAUGUGCAGUUCGGAUCUGAUCGCCCGAUGUGAGAAAACGCACAGCAGUGGUCAGAUCUGAAUUACCCCCUGUGGGCGCAGUACAAUGUGCAGCUUUGCAGUGUGUGUACGUGGUGUGAGGUCUCCUAAGCCUAGCCUUGACUUGGAAGGUUUGGCCACAUUCAUUUCUCCAGUAACAGGAUUAUCUCACUUACCAUCUUUACUUUCUGACUUGCUUUCACGAUUCUGUCUUCUUUCCAUUUCUCUUCCACCUGACUUGUCCAUCUUAAAUAUAGAGAGAACAACCUCUCUCUGUCCACCCCUCCUAUUAAUGGGUGGUCUUCAGUUUGCCGAAUGCCGGGAUCCCGGCGCACAGUAUACCGGCGCCGGAAUCCCGACACCCGGCACAUAUUCUCCCUCGUGGGGGUCCACGACCCCCCUGGAGGGAGAAUAAAAUCGUGCCCGUAGCGUGGCGAACGCAGCGAGCCCGCAAGGGGCUCCUUUGCGCUCGCCACGGUGUCGGUAUGCCGGCGGUCGGGCUCC